UCCGGGUCUUUACUCACGUGCUGCAACAGCCAUGCGUCCUACGUACAGCAAGACGACAUAGCCAACAUGUUCACACGGUUCGACGCGAGCAAAUCGACCAAGGGCGCGUCCAAACUGCGGCGUGAUCUGAUCAACGCGGAGAUCGCCAACCUGCGCGACUUGCUGCCGCUGCCCCCGUCGACGCGCCAGCGCCUCUCGCAGCUGCAGCUCAUGGCGCUCGUCUGCGUCUACGUCCGCAAAGCCAACUACUUCCAGCAAGUGUUCAAGAGGCAUGACGUGGGCCUGCACCACGUACCGACGCCCAACAUCGGCUUCUCCAAGGCGCUGAGUGGCUUCCUGAUGAUGAUGACACAGAACGGGAAGCUGCUCUACAUCUCGGACAACGCGGCGGAGUACCUGGGCCACUCCAUGGAGGACCUGCUGAUCCACGGGGACAGCGUGUACGACAUCAUCGACAAGCAGGACCAGGCGGCGGUGCAGGCGGAGCUGGCCCGACAGGCUGCCGCGCCCGGGGACGACCGCCGGCUCUUCCUCUGCCGCAUGAACGUGUCGCGCAACGCCCGCCGCCAGAUGCGCUUCGGCGACCAGAAGGUGGUGCUGGUGCAGGGGCACUACCUGUCGUUCCUGCCGCUGUGCUCUCGCAACGAGCCCGUCUUCCUGGCCACGUGUACGCCAGUCGCCAUGCCCGAGACGCGCGAGUGCGUCGUCCAGGGCGCCACCAACGUCUUCACCUCCAUCCACGCCAUGGACAUGAAGUUCAUGCACAUCGAUAAGAACGGCGAGUUCCACCUGGGCUACCCUCGCGCCGAGCUGCAGGGAGCGUCGUGGUAUCAGCUGCUGCACUGGGACUGCAUGCGGGAGGCGCAGACCAAGCACCGCCUCAUCACGCAGUCGGAGCAGGACCGGUCGUGCAUCCUGCUGCUGCGGCUGCAGCGGCGCGCCGGCGACUGGCUGUGGGUGCACUGCGUGCUCCAGGUGAAGGACAGCGUCGACAGCAGCCAGCAGCCCGUCAUCGUCUGCACCAACCAGGUCCUCAGCGACCGUGAGGCGGCGGUGAUGCGCGCGAACGGCUGGCUGUACCACUACUACAUGGUGCAGAGCAAGCUGCAGUACGGCCUCGCGCUGGAGGCCCACGCCGCUUCGCGCAUGGCGGCCGCAGCCUACUACCAUCACGGCGCCCCGCAGCCGCCGCCCGCGCCGGGACCACAGGUGGUGUCGCCGUACCAGCAGCCGGUGCAGCACCAGCCGCCGCCGCAGCAGCACGAGGCAGGGGUGGCGCCGCCGCACCCGCACGCCGCCUACCUGCACCACCAUCACCACCACCAUCACCACCACCACCACCUGUCCGCCGACACCAGGGUGGAGAGCCCGGUGCCCGUGGACUACUCGCGACACGCCCACCACGAGCCGCCCCCCGCAGACGACGUGCACCGGCGGAAGCUGCCGCGCCUGCUGAAGCCCGUCUCGCCGGAGGCGGCCGCCGCCGACCCGGCGGACCUCAUGGAGCAGUGGAACCCCAGCCCGCCCUGGUCCGACACGGCGCUGCAGAAGGUGCCCGACAUCAGCCACCAGGAGCUGAGCCCGUACACGACGUGCACGCCGCCGACGCCCAGCGGCACCCCGGCGCACCCGGCGGCGAGCGCGUUCACGUUCGAGUGGUCGGCGGCGGGCGAGCAGUACGUGCCGAGCGUGGGGGCGGGCGCGCUGCCGCCGCUGGCCGCCGCCCCCGCG